GUGAUAUCGAACUAGCAGCGAAAAGAAAAUAAUUUGCAACAGACAUCGUCUUUAUUCCCAACAACAUCGUAAACAAAACAAUUUUAGUAAAAACUAGUUACAAAAAUAUAGAAGUGAGAAAUGUCUUCGCAAGAUUCGGAAUCGGAAAGCUCGUCUACCCCGCUUUAUGACAAGUUUAAUUCCGGAUCGCAAUAUGACGACCCGAAGUCCAGUUCCAGCGAAGACGAAGGGGAUGCCUCGAGUGACAAUGAUAGCGAGCAGCAGCAAAACCAAGGGAAACGUAGUUCCGGUAGCUUUAGCACCGAUAAUGGUCAAUAUUCGAAAAGGGCAAAAAUAAUGAACUCCACGUCAUAUUCCAUCGGAACAGCAUCAGAUUCCAAUCCACUAUAUUCGGCACAAUCCCAGCGAAUGAUGAAUCGGAUGAACUAUGAUAAGAAUAAGGGUCUUGGUAAAAGCGGCCAGGGUCGGUUGGACAUUAUCGAGAUUGCACCCCAGAAAGGACGGCGAGGAUUAGGUAUGAAAUUGGAAGGAUUGGAUCUAGCUGCCUCGACAUGGAACGAGUCUAUGGAAACUCUGAAUAUACCAGAAAAAACUGUAUGGUUGGACAAUAAUGACGAAGACGAUUUGACUGAACUCACCGGAGAUGUACUGGAAUCGUGGAUGAGACGAGGUCCACGAAAGCAAAUAAUCGACGACGAAGACAAAUUUUGUAGUAGCAUUGUUCUGCAGAAAGUUUUGGAGUGCAAAUCCGCCUUCGACAAUCUUGGUGGCGCCGACAUGAGAAAAGCUCGAGCCAGGUCCAACCCGUUUGAAACUAUAAAAUCUAAUAUUUUCAUGAACAGAGCAGCCGUCAAGAUGGCUAACAUGGACGCAAUGUUUGACUAUAUGUUCACGUAUCCCGUUGAUGAGGAAGGUAACUCGCAAGUGCAGGAUGAUGAUUUGGUAUAUUUUGCCGAUGUCUGUGCAGGCCCAGGAGGAUUUUCCGAGUAUUUUCUGUGGCGUAAAAAAUGGCAAGCAAAGGGAUUUGGGUUUACUCUCCGAGGUGAAAACGAUUUCAAAUUAUCGGAUUUUAUUGCUGGAACAUCGGAGACAUUCGAUCCUUAUUACGGGCCAAACGACGACGGCGAUGUGUUCAAUCCGGAUAAUAUCGAAGGAUUUACAGAUUAUGUUAUGAAGCAAACCGAGCUUGGGGUACAUGUCAUGAUGGCAGACGGUGGAUUCUCUGUUGAAAAUCAGGAAAACAUACAGGAAAUCUUAUCCAAACGACUUUAUCUAUGCCAGAUUAUCAUGGCACUGAAUGUCGUACGCACCGGUGGCCAUUUCGUUGUAAAGCUAUUUGAUCUAUUUACGCCGUUCAGUGUCGGUUUGGUUUACUUGGUAUAUAAGUGCUUCAAGAAGAUCUGUAUUUGCAAGCCAAAUACUAGUCGUCCGGCUAAUUCGGAACGGUAUCUUGUAUGCAAAUGGAAAAAACCUGGCACCGAAACCAUUCAGCGUCAUUUAUUCCAAGUGAACAAAUUGUUUGACAAUAACGAGGAUAAUCUUGAUAUUUUGGAGCUAGUGUCGCACAACGAGAUAGCUGGAAAUAGACCCUUUUUCCAAUACAUCUACGAUAGCAAUAAUGAAAUUGGGGAAAACCAGAUUGUCGGAUUACUGAAAAUUGCCGCUUUUUGUGCCGAUCAAACGCUUAACGAAAGUAAACAGGACGAAAUUAAACGGCAAUGUUUGGAAUUGUGGAAAUUGGAAAACGGCCUUAGGAAGGUACCCUCCAAGUCCACAACGGAUGAAUAUGUUGGUGAUCUUAUAAAAGAAUGGAACAGUGAGAAGAAUUUCCUUAAUGCCACUGAACAUAAGUUGCAUACAUCUCUUCUAGAGAAGUACUUUCCUUCAAUCCACGGUUGCUAUUUUGUACCAUUAGAUAACAAUAACGACCCUAGCAAGUAUCUUCGCACUUUUUUCUUAGGAAAAGGAGGCAAAGACGUUUAUUACUUCAAACCGAAAGGAAGUUCAUGGCAGCACUUAAAGGAUAAGCAGUUGGAACUGGCGCCGUCCACGCUCGUAUACGGUGAAAUUGCCACAGAAUUGCAAGGCCAAGGCAAUUCGCAGAUAACGAUCUAUGCCUUUCACAUAAUUGAUGGAAUUUCACUUGGAGGCGAGGACAUCCGUAAGUAUUCUUUGCCUGAACGGCUCAAAAUGUGCGAAAAGUACGCGAAAGCAUUAAACAAACCAUACAGGGUCAUAACUAAGGCUGACACUCCUUGCGUAUCGUCCAUGCCUAUUCGCUGUAAGAAGCUGUUCCCUCUAAUGGAGUGGGACUCAUUUUUUAACCGACUGGAAAGCUACAAACUUAAGGGAAACAGGAGAUCACGCCUGGGAUACCAGCUGCGCAACACCAUCGACCCGGAACGUUUUUACGUUCCAAAAGGAUUGCUGUUUCUCAACGAAAUACGUGAUGAUUAUUUGAAAAUGUUUUCAAAAACGCAAAACAAAUUCUACUAUUUCCAUAAAAAAUCUAAUUCGUCAACAUUUCCCGACCAGAUGCCGUCCAUUGACGUGACGAAGGCUUCUUUCAAAAACACUUUUAUUAAUCGCGUUAUUUGGGAAUGGUGUGAUGAACAGCAAGUUUCCGAAAAUGGAAAAGUUGCAGGAGACAACGAAAUAGCAUGUCGCAUUGAUAUCAAGGAUUUCAUAAUCCGUAAGAUUAGCCACUGAUAAUGUAAGUAAAAACAAUCAAAUGUA